ACAGCAUUUUCAGUCUCACGCCUUUCGCACCUACACACACACACACACACCAUUGAUGAGUAGUAGUACUGAAGGAGAGAAUCAUUUCAGAUUUUUACAGAUUUCAUUUUCAGUUUCAGAGUGUAGUCUUUGAGAGCUAGCUUUUAAUAAAAAACAACAACAGCCCCAUAAAAGUGUACGGAACAGAAUAUCACUCUUCUUCAGUUCUUCUUCUGAAAAAGGUGCAUUUAACUUGAAGGUGUUCACUCUAACUCAAGUUUCAACUGUCAAAAGAGUGAUUCUUUGAGAGUGAUAUCAGAUAUUGUCCUGAAGUAGCUCAAGAAUGGCAAACAAAGGUUCAAAAUGGGAGGCUUGUGUACUAUUAAUGAUCAUCUUUCUCUGCUUUACACAACAACCUGUUACUACUGGCAGCUAUUUGGUCCAUGACAUGGAGUUACUAAAGGCUCUCCGAAAUUCUGUUGUCCAGAAAAGGGAUGUUAUCCCAACUUGGUUUGAUACAAAGACUACUCCUUGCAAUUGGACUGGCAUAAAGUGUGAAGGUGAACGUGUUAUCCGGAUUGAUUUUUCAUGUGGAGUUGCACCACUAAAUGUACCAUUUCCUGGAAACAUUGGAAAAUUCAGAUCCCUUAAGCACUUAAACCUUAGCCAUUGUGCCUUCACUGAUAAUAUAUCUCCGGAUGUUUGGACUCUUGAGAAUUUGGAGAUACUAGACUUGAGCGACAACAGGUUAACUGGCCAGCUGCCUCUUACUAUAUCUAACCUGAGAAACCUGAGACAUCUUGUGCUCGACGAUAAUGGUUUUUCAGGUAGUUUACCAUCAACAAUUGGUGAACUAAAGGAGCUCAGGGAAUUAUCAGUUCAUGCCAACUCUUUAUCUGGAAAUAUUCCUGAUGAGAUUGGAAACAUGGAGAAGUUGCAGUCUCUUGACCUCAGCUCAAAUUUCUUCUCUGGUAGUCUACCUUCCAGUCUAGGUAACUUGAUGGAGCUUCUAUAUAUCGAUACUAGUCAAAACAACUUGACUGGAUUGAUACUUCCAGAAAUUGGAAACCUAAGGAAGCUUAGAAUUCUUGAUCUCUCAUCAAACAUGUUGACUGGACAUAUACCUGAAACAAUUGGCCAUCUGAAGCAGCUCGAGGUGCUUGAUCUCCAAAACUGCAAAUUCAUUGGAAGUAUUCCUGAAGAAAUUUCCGCGUUGAGCAACUUGACAUACUUGAAUGUAGCACAGAAUGAUUUUGAUGGAGAGCUUCCUUCAAGCUUUGGAAAGUUAGAAAAUCUGGUUUACCUUAUUGCUCCAAAUGCUGGAUUGUCUGGAACGAUUCCUUCGGAACUAGGGAACUGCAAAAGGCUCAAGAUAAUAAAUUUGUCCUUCAACUCAUUUUCUGGUGCAUUACCUGAUGGACUUUCUGGGUUGGAUUCACUUAAAUCUCUUGUACUUGAUUCGAACCACUUAUCAGGUCCACUGCCUAUGUGGAUUUCCAACUGGACUCAAGUGGAGUCAAUAAUGGUGCCAAAGAAUUUUCUAAGUGGACCUCUACCACCACUUAAUUUGCCUUUGCUAUCAGUUCUUGAUGUCAGUGACAAUAAGCUAUCUGGUGAGUUGCCUUCAGAAAUAUGUCGUGCCAAGUCAUUGACCAUUCUGCAGUUGUCGGAUAACAAUUUCACUGGUGACAUCCAAAGUACUUUCAAGAACUGUUCAAGACUCACAGAUUUGGUGUUGUCUGGAAACAAACUCUCGGGCAAACUGCCUGCUUAUCUAGGGGAACUUCAGCUCAUUACUCUUGAACUAUCGAAAAACCAGUUCUCUGGAAAGCUACCAGAUGAACUAUGGGAGUCGAAAACUUUAAUGGGGAUCUCACUCAGCAACAAUAUGCUUGAAGGUUCAAUUCCAGUGAGUAUUGCAAAAGCUUCAACCCUUCAGAGAUUGCAACUUGAUAAUAAUCUGUUUGAAGGAAGCAUACCGCGUACCAUUGGUAACUUGAAGAAUCUGACCAAUCUUUCUCUUCAUGGUAACAAGUUAAGUGGAGGUAUUCCACUUGAGCUUUUUGAAUGUAGAAAGUUGGUAUCUUUAAACCUUGGUGCAAACAAUCUUUCAGGUGAAAUUCCCAUAUCAAUAUCUAAGCUGAAAUUGCUAGACAAUUUGGUUCUAUCUGACAAUCAGUUUACUGGUCCUAUACCUGAGGACAUUUGUGCUGGUUUCCAAAACAUGCCUUUACCUGACUCUGAGUUCACACAGCAUUACGGCAUGCUUGAUUUGUCCAACAAUGAACUAGAAGGUUCCAUCCCACGCUCAAUUAAAGAUUGCAUAGUUGUGACAGAGCUACUUCUACAGCGAAAUAAGCUCACUGGGAGCGUUCCUCGUGAAAUAUCUCUGCUUGGUAAUUUAACAUUGCUUGAUCUAUCUUUCAAUUCCUUGACAGGUCCAGUGUUUCCUCAGUUGUUCUCGAUGACAAGCCUACAAGGUCUCAUUCUUUCUCGUAACCAGAUAAGUGGAUCUAUUCCUGAUAAUCUUGACUCUAUGAUGCCAAGUUUAGUCAAGCUAGAUCUUUCAAAUAACUUGUUGAGUGGUCCAUUGCCGCCUUCUGUAUUUAGUGUAAAAAGUUUGACCUAUUUGGAUAUCAGCGUGAAUUCUUUCUCGGGCUCAUUGUCUUUUGAUGUUAGAUCCUCUAGCUCUUUGUUGGCCCUAAAUGCUAGUAACAACCAACUCUCUGGUGCCCUUGACGAUUCUCUCUCUAAUAUGACUUCCCUUUCCAUACUAGAUCUCCAUAGCAACUCAAUUACAGGCAACUUGCCGCCAUCACUUUCAGCUCUUGCUUCCCUCACAUAUAUUGAUUUAUCCAGCAACAGUUUUCAAAAGUCCUUUCCUUGUAGUAUUUGUGACUUAGAAGGCCUUGUUUUUACCAAUUUCUCCGGCAACAAAUUCACUGGCCUAGCACCUGAUGCUUGCACUAAAGCUACAAAAUGCAUACCAAGUGAACCUGUUUUACCUUCCAGGGAAGAAAAAUAUGCAUCUUCACCACUUCUAAGCCAUGCAUCUGUCUUGGCUAUCGCCUUUGGUGCAUCGUUCAUUUCACUUGUGGUGCUCAUCGGAGUUCUCAGAUGGAGAAUGCUGAGACAAGAAGCUGUAAUUCUUGACAGAGGUAAAGGUAAACUAGGGAAGACAAGUGACCCCACAUCUACUGAUGAACUUUUGAUUAAGAAGCCAAAGGAGCCUCUGAGCAUCAACAUUGCAACCUUUGAGCAAUCUUUGUUACGGAUCAACCCUACAGCUAUUCUCUCAGCCACUGAGAAUUUCAGCAAGAGCUACAUCAUUGGUGAUGGUGGCUUUGGUACUGUAUACAGAGCCAAACUGCCUGAAGGCCGGACUAUCGCUGUCAAGAGGCUGAAUGGAGGUCACGUGCACGGUGAUCGCGAGUUUUUUGCUGAAAUGGAAACAAUUGGGAAAGUAAAACAUGAAAAUCUGGUGCCAUUGCUUGGCUAUUGUAUCUUUGCUGAUGAGAGGUUCUUGAUAUAUGAAUACAUGGAGAAUGGAAGUCUUGAUUUCUGGUUGAGAAACCAAGCAGAUGCAGUAGAAGCACUCGAUUGGCCAACUCGUUUCAAGAUUUGUCUAGGGUCAGCUCGCGGACUUGCCUUUCUACACCAUGGUUUUGUUCCACACAUCAUUCACAGAGACAUCAAGUCAAGCAAUAUACUCCUGGACAGGAAUUUUGAGCCACGAGUAUCGGACUUUGGCCUGGCUCGGAUCAUUAGUGCAUGUGAGAGCCAUGUUAGCACAAUCCUUGCUGGUACAUUCGGGUACAUACCACCCGAGUAUGGACAGACAAUGAUGGCUACAACCAAAGGUGACAUAUAUAGCUUUGGAGUGGUGAUGUUGGAACUGGUGACAGGAAGGGCGCCGACAGGACAGGCUGAUGUUGAGGGAGGCAAUCUUGUUGGCUGGGUGAGGUGGAUGGUCGCGAAUGGCAGGGAGAUUGAAACAUUGGAUCCAUUUUUUUCAGGUUCAGGAUUAUGGAAGGAUCAAAUGCUGCGCGUUCUUUCCAUUGCAAGGUUAUGCACCAACGAUGAGCCAUGGAAGCGACCAACAAUGCUCGAAGUGGUGAAGCUGUUGAAGGAAGCCAAAAGCAAUGGUUCUUGUGGAGGGUGAUUGAAUCCCAAACUCAAAAACAUGAUUAGAUUACAGGUUCAACAAAAGGUAAUGAAUGUAUUGUCUAAUAGUAUCAUGGUUCUUUAUAUUAUGCAGCUAUCUAUUGUAUAAUGGAAACUAGUUUUAUGAGUUCAUAGAAGUCUUGAUGUAAGUUAGUAGAGAUAUAUAGUGGAUGCUUAACCAAAAGUUGAAAAAAGCCUGUUAUUCCCUUAAACGGAAAUAUAAAAGUAUAUGUAUGUGAC